GAAUUUGUAAAUAUAAAAAUUAGUGUUUGUUGGACCUGAGCUACUGUAGCAAACAUUACAGUGUUUAGACACCUGUUGCCUCUGGCAAUGAUUAAACCACCUGUCCCCUUAUUCUCAGCAUACAGUAGUGACUUGGAUAACAUUUGCUAUGCAAAUUUCUGUGCGGCCUCUGAACUGUCACGCACCUGGGAAAGUCCCAUUCUUUAGUCUGUGUAGCUCAGGUGGAGUCAGGUUACAUAGGAAGGGUGUAUAUAAGUACGAGGUGUAGUUUCAUUCUCUUAGUUUGUUCUCCUAAAUUGUCCCGUGGAUUACUAAGGUUUCUGGAAAUCUGCACAGUGCCAACAAUGGCAGGAGGCAGCUGUGAUAUCAGCAGCAUCUAUAACAAUUAUAUAUCUACCUUGUACCCAUCGGUCCAAGCACACUCUGUGUCCGGAGGACUUUUGACAAACCCAGAAGAUGAUAAAUUACUUACCUUUGUCACUGAAGAGACAAGCAGCGACUUUACAGAAUUAUGUGGUUGGGGCCAGGACUUCCCAGCAAUGUGGUCCCAGCAGCAGGUAUUGGACUGGAUCAGUUAUAAUGUAGAGAAUAACAAGUGGGAUGCCAGCACUAUAGACCUGACCCAAUGUGAGAUGGAUGGAAAACGCCUUUGCCAACUCAGCAGGGAAGAUAUGAGAACAGUGUUUGGUGGCCUUGGGGACAAGCUCUAUGAUGAUCUACACCAGCAUAAAGACUAUGUUCCUUCGGAUUGGGAUCUGAUAAAUGACCUCCUCAAGAAUGAAGACAUUUUACAAAUUGGAUGCAAGAAAGAAAUAGAAUUUGAGUCAUGUGGAGGGAACACAAUAGACCCAUGGUAUUACUCUGAUCCAAUCUCCCCAGCCAGCUCUUCGUCAUGUGGUUCUGGAACAGUCCCAUAUAGCCCACAAAUGACAAAUUCUGCGGAAAGUGAUCUUGACAUGGAAGUCAAAGGCAAUUUGAGCACAGAUAGUUUCUCAAAUUACAACAAAAGUGAUGGAAAUCCCAGUAAAAGAAGGAGAGGCCGACCUCGUAAACUGAAUUCCGACAGCAAAGAUAUCUUGGAGACAAAGAAAAGCAAGCACUCUGCGCGUGGUACACAUCUGUGGGAGUUUAUUCGAGAUAUAUUACUGCAUCCAGACUCGAAUGAGGGUCUAUUAAAGUGGGAAGACAGAUCUGAAGGGGUUUUCAAAUUCCUCCGUUCAGAGGCAGUAGCCCAGCUCUGGGGACAGAAAAAGAAGAAUUCCAGUAUGACAUAUGAGAAGCUAAGCCGAGCCAUGAGAUAUUACUACAAACGAGAAAUCCUUGACCGAGUAGAUGGCCGCAGACUUGUAUAUAAAUUUGGGAAAAACUCCAGUGGCUGGAGGCUGGAAGAAAAAGUGUCUAUUGGAUGUUGAAAAGAGAAUGAUAUAGACUGUGUGGAUGUACACUGUGCAUGAAAUCGUCAGACUCAGGCCUUUUUUUGAAGGACAUUGUUGUAGCACCAUUAUUACGGUGCCAGUUACUUAAGCUGAUAUUUUAGCUUCAGUAGGUUGUUGUAAACCAGUUUUAUUUUGAUAUUUGUUAUAUAUUAUCUGUUGUAAAUAAUUUUUUUUAGUGUUGAAAAUCAAUGUGAGAUCAGAGAGCCAGAGAGAACAAAAUAACACUAAAGCACAAAAGAAAGGAUAUGGUGUAACUAUCUUUUAAAAUAACAUUUCAUCUACAGAAAGACAUGGACAUCUAUUUUUGUGCUUUUAUCUUUACUAAAAGUUACUCAACAGCUAUGAUCUGUAACGUACUAUAGUUCAUACUGUACAUUAUCUACUAUGGUAGUCCUAGUCAAAAAGACAUACCUUUUGAGAUCCACAAGGAUAUCCCAUAAUCUGGCCCUUUAAAAACUUUUCAAAAUUAGAUGGGUGCAAUGUAUUCAUUUUUAUUUUGUUGAAACGUGUUAACUGUGAUGUGGUGUUGCAGUUGUUACAUAUUGUAACUUUGUCAUUGUCACUUAAUAAUACCAAAAAUCUAGUAUUUCCCUUUAUGCCCUCUAAUGAUAUACUAAAUUUUCAGUACCUCCAAAUGCAACACAACUUGUGCAUCUGAAAGGAACUAUUUAGUUUAAUUCUAGUUACCUAACAUUUAGGACACUUUACAUAUUUCUUCACACAAAUGAAUACCUGAUAUUUAACCUAACAUAUGUUUUCAUGCUACAGCAAGUGAUGUAGAAAAUUGUUUACACUUACCUUAGAAAUACAAUAUUCUGGUUAUCUAAAAAUAUUUUCAGACAUUCCCAGUUUCAAUUAUAUAUAGCCUUAAUAAAGGCAUCUGUGAAUAUCAAUGAAAGUAUCAUUAUUCAUGUAGAUAUGUACAUUUUUAAUAAAUACAAUUAUUUUUUCUAAAAUAAAAAGUUUCAAAAACUUAGAAUUUUCCCUAAGCACUUAUUUUGAUUAUUUCAAUGGUUGUUUGCAUUACAUACUGUACCUGCUUUUUCAGCUGGACUGGCAAAUGUCAAUAUUUUGUUAUGUAAAUAUUAUGGAUUUUUUUUAUAUAU